AUGUCCUUUGAACGAGAUCCUGAACAAACCCCAGCUAUCUUGUCGCCCAAUCAAUAUGCUAUCUCGACCGAAGAGACAUCCACCCCAAGAAACCACAAUACAAUGCCUACGAGUCCACCGAGUAAUUCUCUUGCUCCCAAGUUACAGAUAUACUCGACAUCGAUUCCGAAGGCGUGGAUAAGCCCAAUAUGCGGAGCAGGUGCUGGCUUUGCUUCCGGUAUCGUCACCUGCCCGCUCGAUGUGAUCAAGACGAAACUACAAGCCCAGGGUGGUUUCCAAUCAAGAUACCAAUCCAAGACACAACCCCAUCAACUGUACAGAGGCAUUGUCGGUACGGCUCGCGUAAUAUGGCGGGAAGAGGGUGUCCGUGGCAUGUACCGCGGACUAGGUCCUAUGUUACUAGGUUACCUACCCACAUGGGCGGUUUACUUGACUGUAUACGAGAACACCAGAGAGUUCUGGUAUGAUCAGUGUGGAAGCUGGUGGGUGGCCCGCUGCUAUUCAUCAUUGACGGCGGGCGCCUGCUCGACCAUAUUAACGAAUCCCAUAUGGGUCAUCAAGACGCGAUUCAUGACACAGAGCGCCAAAGCUGCAAGUGACGGCAUGCGUGCGCCCUACUAUUACACCUCAACUUUCGACGCCGCCAGAAAAAUGUAUCGCCAUGAAGGCAUGAGGUCAUUCUACUCGGGGUUGACACCUGCCCUGCUCGGCUUGACCCAUGUCGCGGUUCAGUUUCCCCUGUAUGAGUACUUCAAGAUGAAGUUUACUGGCUAUGGCAUCGGUGAACACCCACCUGAAGACAGCAGUGCAAACUGGGUUGGUAUUUCAGCCGCCACCUUUCUGAGCAAAAUCUGUGCUAGUACAGCAACAUACCCACACGAAGUACUUCGCACCCGACUUCAGACCCAGCAACGCAGACAUGGUUUUGCUACCUCGGACGGGUUGGCAGUGAAAGCACGCUACACCGGUAUCCUACACAUGUGCAAAGUCAUUCUCAAAGAAGAAGGUUGGCGAGCCUUUUAUGCUGGCAUCGGCACAAACUUGAUUCGAGCCGUUCCGGCCGCCAUGACAACCAUGCUCACAUACGAGUGGCUACAGAGCCUCAUUCGCCGUGCUCAAGACAAGGGCGAGCAAUUGAAGAAAGAGAAUGGCGAGCAGGGAAUAUGA